AUGCCUGGUGAAACCGCUCCCCUUACUAUCUCUUCCCUUGAAAGCAUUGUGUUCACUAAUCAACUAAUAGUACAAGCAAUUAAAAGCCUUAAACCUUCCACUAGUACGGGACCGGAUGGCCUCGCUUCGAUAAUUUUCAAAAACAGUGGGUGUGAUAUACCCCUGUUACUUCUUAAAUUCUUCUCAAUAUCUAUGGACACUGGCACUUACCCUAGUGAGUGGAAAACUAGCUUCAUAAUUCCACAUUACAAAUCUGGUGAUAGGGCAAACGUCCGCAAUUACAGACCCAUAAAUAUAACCCCAGUUAUCUCACGAAUCAUGGAGAAAGUUGUAAAGGAUCAAUUGUCAGACUACCUAAUUAGGGAGGAUCUUGUUACAAGGUCUCAACACGGAUUUCUCAAAAAUAGAUCCUGCGUUACUUGCCACUUCGACUUUUUCAACUGCAUCACUAGUAAUCGCGAAGCACGUAAGCUAGUCGUUGUUCUAUACUUCGAUAUAUCUAGGGCAUUUGACAUGGUAUCUCACAGUAUUCUCUUUGAGAAGCUGUACUCUUGUGGAAUUCGCAACCCAUUACUGAACUGGUUAAAAUCAUUUCUAAGCAACAGGGUACAAAUAACCAAAGUUGGAUCUGUAUUGUCUCACCCUAGGCAGAUCUCAAGUGGGGUCGUGCAAGGUAGUGUCCUAGGUCCACUUUUAUUCACAGUUUACAUUAACAGCAUUUGCAAGUGCUUCACCUCAGGUAAACCAUUCCUAUAUGCUGACGACCUCAAAGUCGUCUACUCCUGCUACACUCAUGAAUUAAGCGAUAUGGUAGAUAAAAUACAUCUUGAACUAAGUAGCCUUGCAACGUGGUGUGCUGAAUCCUGCCUAAAUUUUAACAUUGACAAAUGCGGCUGGAUUUGUAUCGGCAACAGUAAGCUUGAUCUAAACCUUGAAAUAAAUGGGCGAAAACUAGCUAAGCUCAAUUCAGUCGUAGAUCUCGGUAUUAGAUACUCUAGUAACCUAACGUUCGCUGAACAGACUGAUUAUGCCAGACGUAAAACGCGUAGGCUGAUAGGAUGCAUAACACGCAAUUUCUUUUGUUGUGAAACUAGGGUUUUAUUAUACAAAGUAUGUGUCCGACCUAUCUUAGAAUACUGCCCGUUUAUUCUUAGCGGACUAAGACAAAAUGACAAGCUUAAAUUAGAGGGAGUGCAACGGCAGUUUACCUCAAGAACUCUUGGUUUAGAAAGUAGUCUGGAAUACCAUGAGAGAUGCGUAAGACUAAGAUUAGAACCCCUCUGGAAAAGACGCCUUAAGCUAAACCUAAUCUUUUACUAUAAGCUAACUAAUCUUCUCUUGCAUUCCUCCGAGCCAAUAACUAAACCUACCGCUGUCGUCAGUUACAAUCUUAGAAAUCAUCACAACCUAGCUGCUAUAGAGCACUGUCAGACUUACGUGCGGUACAACUUCUUCUUAAAUAAGUUUUCAGUCAUUUGGAAUAGACUACCAGCUAAUGUGCGCGAUGCAAACACACUUCCAGUGUUCAUCUCCUCAGUCACCAGACUGCUCAAAGAUGACAAUGCACUUAUACGUCUGACUCUUACACCCUCUUUUUCACCCUACAUAGAUAUUUUAAGUUGUUUAAAC